AUUUCAUUGACCCAGAAUUAAGGCAUGAAGGCUGUAGAUCAGUACUAUGGAUAGACAAUCGUCUCCUCUACAUACCGGUACAAAUAUUCAGUAGGACCAAUGACGUUCUAAGCAAUUUCAUCAUCCGCUCGCGCGCCGCAUGGAAACAUUUUAGGGGAUAUCCCCAUUUGCGCACACUUCCAUCUCAUCAUUUCGGCUCAACUACAUGUGCUCGCGGAGUUGCGGGUCAUACGUCUCCGCCAAUAAAGAAUUAAUCGUUAGUGAUUAUAACUCUAUUUGUCUUAAAUGUUGCCUGCGCUAUUGGUCGUUGAUGUAGAUCCUGUGAUGAACAGACUAGAUAUUUCAGCUGGACUCAUUUGUGACAUCUUCAUCGAGGGUUCCUGAACAAUUUUGUUUGUUUUCGAGUUGUCUGCAGACAACUGAGCAACAUCGUGCCGUGUCGAAAGCAGAGCAACCUGUCCGGGAGGGAGGAGCUCAGCGCGGCCUAGGUUAUGAUAUAUAUAACUGCAGCCAAGGCACACUCUGUUUAAAUCUUAGACUUGGAGGAGUUGUUAACGUACACAAUUGAAGCUCUAUACGCUGGACAAUCCGUGAAGCCAGACGUAGUCGCAGAGGAACAUAUCCACGAACGGAAUAGACUGAUUUGCUAUCUAUUUGAGUCCAAGCCGUAAGCGCUUUGCUCUGCUGCAUUGUUAAGGGGAAAAAACUCCAACUUCCUUUAAAAGCCGGAUUGCCCACUGACCAAUCAGACGCCAAGAUGCCCCCUGUAGAUGGAGCUUUGACCAAUCAGAGAAGAGGGAUUGUCACUCAGUGAUGCUAGGCAUGCUGAACAACUGGUGGUUGUAAGGGAAGCUUCUCUUGUUACUGGAAUCGCGCAUUGACCUAUGCCAGUCAGGCAUAAGUUGAUUACUUUCAGGGCUACUUGUACUAGCAUGGAAACCAUCUCCGUGUACCACAUGCACCAUCUUCCUCGAUUGUGGGCGUAUCUUCAAAUGAUCUUCCUCCUUUUGACCUUUGUGCCAUGGCAACCAGUGUUCGGGAUCCAAGCGGAUAUUUCCCCUGAAAGUGGUAUCAUUGAAGUUGGGACAGAUCUGAACAUCACAUGUCUCCUGAGGAAUGAUAGUAGAGCUGAGAGAGAGAGGCCGACAUCGACUGACAUCGUGUGGUACAAAGACCAAACCAUUAUUCCUGUUGAAGAUUAUCAUAUAUUUAAUGACACGACAUCCAGUAUUUCCAUUGUGAAUGCAAGCUUGGCAGACUCGGCUACCUACCACUGUGCCCUCAUCCAAGACUCUGAUGUCGAUGAAUAUAGGAGUUCUGUGGUCCAAGUCGGAUAUAAGCCACGGGCUGCAUUGUCCCUAAACUGCGCCAGUCAUAAUGUCAUCGAAUAUUACUGCGAGUGGGAUCCUGUACCUACACACAUCAUCGAUGAGUCCCAUACAUUUCAAUUUCGUUGA